AUGCUCACCACCCUCCUCCUCAGCCUCGCAGCAAUAGGAACAUCAUCAGCAGCAGCAUUAUCAACCCGCGCCCCAGCAACCUUCUUCCGCAUCUCCUCCCUCGAGGCCUCAGACUUCGCCUACCCCCAAUACCCCGAGUCGCACCGCGUGAACUUCACAGUCUCGAACCCCAAUGCAGUGUACGAGCAAGGUGGCAACAUGCCGAGCAUCUGUAUGGUUGAAUGGUCCGGCUGCGAGCCUCCAACGUGCCUGACCCCGUGCCUUAACCCGGCCUACGACAGUGGCGACUCACCCUAUUACGCCCGGGUCAUUCCCGGUCAGGACAAGAAUUCUCACGCGUGGAGUCUGGAGGUGAAGGAGUAUUUCACGUAUAAGAACAGUGUGCUCAACGAGGUGACUGUACCCUUUGUGGCUGGGGAGGGUGGAUAUUCGUGUCCGAUAGUGUCUUCGGUGAGGACGGUGUGCGAUGUGGAUGGGUAUGAUGCGACGUUCCAGACGAGUUAUGGCGGGAGCGCGCCGCCGUAUAAUGGGGAGGAGGUGUGUGAGAGGCCGAAGCAGGGGUAG